AUGAAAGUUAGGUGUAAGUACUGUCGUAAACCCCUUGGUGGGGAAACAAGUAAUGGAACUUCACACCUGAGAAACCAUAUCAAAACAUGCAUCCAUAAGAGGAUACAUGAUGGUUCUCAAAAAAUACUUGGCCCCAACUAUCAACCUGGUGGAAAUCCUCAACUCUCUGCUUCUCAAUACAAUUAUGAGGUUUCUAGGAAGGAACUUUGUUCGAUGAUUCUGGUUCAUGAGUACCCCCUUAGUCUUGUUGAUCAUGUGGGUUUCAAUCAUUUUUGUUGUUCUCUUCAACCUCAAUUUGUUGUCCCUAGUACAAACACGGUGAAAAAGGAUAUUCUGAGUCUGUAUGGGGUUAAAAGGUCUAAAUAUCAAACCAUGAUUGAUGGAAACUUGGGCAGGAUUUCAGUGACUACUGAUUUGUGGAAUGCCACAAAUCAGAAAAUGAGGUAUAUGGUAGUAACUAGUCACUUUAUUGACAACUCUUGGAAGCUUCGUAACAUAAUGUUGAGGUUUAUGUAUGUUCCAGCCCCUCACACUAGUCAAAGGCUAGUGGAUAGGUUGUUUGAUUCACCACCAAUGAUUCAAUGA